GUUCGAUGUAAACGUAAACAAAUCAUUACAGCGUUUGCAUAUACAGUUGUAUAAAAAUGAAAUAUAGCAUUUAACUGAGUUUGAUGGAAAUUUUCGGUAUAUAACAUGUUACGUUCAUACUACGGACAGUUCUUAUUCCUCGGAAUUUAUACUGGUAUCACACUAUGGAUAUUUCAUCAGGUGUAUCACACCUCCCAGCAAGUAAUCGACGAGGAGUUCCACCUAAAGCAAGGCAAAUACUAUUGCCAUGGCCAGUUUGAUAUUUGGGAUGGAAAGAUCACCACUCUGCCUGGCCUGUACUUGAUAUCGGCAUUCAUUUUGGGUCCAUUCGGCGCCUGUUCAACAUAUGCGCUUCGACUAAUUUCGCUGGUGGCAUCAAUAGCGAAUGUUUGCUUCAUCUUUUCAAUUCGAAGGAUGGUUACCGGAAUCCGGAGUGAACGCAAAGUACACCUGGAAUGUAUGUCCCUCUCCAUCCUUCCGCCGCUCUAUUUUUUCUCCCACUUAUACUAUACGGACGUGCUUUCGGUCACAACGGUACUGAUGAUGAUUUUCGCUAGUUUCAAAGGAAUGCAUAACAUUGGCGCGUUGGCAGCAUUUGUGGCCAUUCUGAUGCGUCAAACCAACAUCGUAUGGGUUGUGUUCGUUCUGGGCAGUAAUAUUCUCAACUGUGCUAUGACGAUAUGUCUAGCGAACAAAAAGAGUUCCGGCAAAGAAGUUCAAAGAUACGGAAUGAAGAGCCUCAUAACUUCGGUGGAAACCAUAAUUCGCUCGCCGAGCAUCGUGAUUACUAUACUGAGACGGUGCUGCUCAUUGUACCUUGGUUACAUUCUAAAUAUGAUCGGAUUUGUCAUAUUUUUGCUAUACAACGGAUCGAUUGUGGUUGGAGACAAAACGGCGCAUGUGGCAGCAAUCCAUGUUCCCCAAAUAUUCUACUUCACGAUAUUUUUUGCCAUUUUCAGUGGCUCUCACAUUUUUUCCUGCCUACGACGGAUGCUCAGAUUCGUACGCAAAAAGUGGUAUAUCACUGUGCUGUGCUGCGCUCUGUUUGUUGUUAUCGUUUCGAAAAAUACCAUUGUCCACCCAUACUUGCUUGCCGAUAACCGCCAUUACACAUUCUACAUCUGGAAUCGAUUUUACGGCAAAUGGUGGUUCGCUCGCUAUCUACCAAUUCCAAUCUACUUCGGAGUUAUCGUCAUUCUCGGUUGGAUGUUACUUGGUAACAGCGGUCAGCAGAAUAUCGCUCUGAGUUUGUUCUGGAUUGCGGCCACUUUCGUCUCAGUUGCACUUCAACAGCUAGUUGAAGUUCGGUACUUCAUACUGCCGUUCCUGGUAUUGAGACUGAUCCAAACAAGCGUUCGAGUCUCGACGAAAUUGCUGGUGCUAGAGUUUAUAAUCAAUGUGAUUAUUAAUGUUGCUACGUUCUUCAUUUUUGCCACGAAAACGUUCCAUUGGGCCAAUUAUGCGGAACCGCAGCGUAUUAUUUGGUAGAAUGGUUAAAAUAAAAAUGAAAU